GAAGCUCGGCGGAAGCCAUGUUUGGAGGGGGAAGAGAGGAAGUGGCGUCCUCUUCCCUCGCCCAGGCAAGAUGGAGUGGAGGCCGCAGGACCUCUAACUGAAGCCCCGGCGCCCAGGAGGGGGCAGGGGCCUGUCCGGUUGGGACAGCUGCCAAUGGAGUUGCCAUAGGGUGAAUGACAUCUUAGGGCCCUUCUGGCUCCCCCGGCGUUAAAACCUACGGAUCGCAACUUCACUGCCAAAAUGUCAUUGUCUUCUACUGCCGCACAUUGUUCAGCAUCUGAAAAUGCUUGCAGAAUUUCACCAGGACAAGUCAAUCAGGUACGACCAAAACUGCCACUGCUAAAGAUUUUGCAAGCAGCUGGUGCACAAGGUGAAAUGUUCACAAUGAAAGAGGUCAUGCAUUAUCUAGGCCAGUAUAUAAUGGUGAAGCAGCUUUAUGAUCAGCAAGAACAGCACAUGGUAUAUUGUGGUGGAGAUCUUCUAGGAGAGCUGCUAGGACUUCAAAGUUUCUCUGUGAAAGAUCCGAGCCCCCUUUAUGACAUGCUAAGAAAGAACCUGGUUACUGCAACUGUCACAGAUGCUGCACAGACUCUCGCUCUCGCACAGGAUCAGAGUAUGGAUAUUCCAAGCCAGGAUCAACUGAAGCAAGGUGCAGAGGGAAGUUCUAGCCCCAGGAAUGGACCCGAAGAAGGUGAUGCUCCUGCUCUGUCUACCUCACAGCGUAAAUGCAGAAAUCCAAGAUCAGCUUCUGUAGAUGAAGACUUCACAGAAAAUUUAACCCCAAACAAGUCACCUAGGCUAGACCUUGUGUUUGAGGAAUGGGAUGUGGCUGGCCUGCCUUGGUGGUUCUUAGGAAACUUGAGAAACAACUACACGCCGAGAAGUAAUGGCUCAACUGACUUACAGACAAAUCAGGAUAUAGAUACUGCCAUUGUUUCGGACACUACGGAUGACUUGUGGUUCUUGAACGAGUCAGGAUCAGAGCAGCUAAAUGUUGCAGUAAAAGUUGAAGCUACCGAUACUGAGCAAGCAAGUGAAAGAGGGAAAGAGAGUGACAAAAAGUUGAUUGAAGUUAGGAUAUUUGAUGACCUUGAAGAUUCUCAGUGCUUAAGUGAUGACACAGAUACAGAAGUUACCUCUGAGGGUGAAUGGCAGUGCACUAAGUGCAAGAAGUUUAACUCUCCAAGCAAGAGGUACUGUUUCCGGUGCUGGGCGUUGAGAAAAGACUGGUAUUCAGAUUGCCCGAAGCUGUCCCAUUCCCUCUCUGUGUCCAGUAUCCCUGCCAUGCCAGCGAAGAGAGAUGACCGAGGAAUUGAUGUCCCUGACUGCCGAAGAACCAUCUCUGACCCGCUCGUCCGACCCAAGGAACCCUGUGAGAUGGAGGAAAAGUCCAAACUGCUGAACUCUUGUAGCUCAGUAGGAUUCCUGGAUUUGGCCCAGAGUGCUGAAAGCCAGGAGACCAUUUCAAGCAUAGGAGAGCAAUCAGACCACCUGUAUGAACAGAAUACAGAUACAGCAGCUAUGGAAAAUUGCAAAAAUCUCUUUAAGCCAUGCAAAUUGUGUGAGAAGAGGCCACGGGAUGGGAACAUCAUUCAUGGGAGGACCGCUCACUUAGUGGUUUGUUUUCGCUGUGCCAAAAGGUUGAAGAAGACCAGGGCUCCAUGUCCCAUUUGUAAGAAAUCAAUUCAGAUGGUCAUCAAAAUCUUUGUGGCAUAGCUUUUUCGGCAGCUCACUGAGUUGUACAGACCUGAUAACCAGUCACGUGAGGGCUCCAGAUGUCAGUGGUGAGCCUCUGCACUUAAGAGUAUGGUCUUAGCGUGUCCCUUUUAAGGGCCCUAAAUAAUCAUCAUGACACAAAUAUGAGCCUGUUUUUCUAAGUUGUUAGGGCCUUCAAGUUCCUGGAAACAACUUAUUGUUGAUAACAGUCUCUGACACCCAAGAUGAUUAUUAAAGGAUCGAAGCUGGUAAUUUGAAAACACAAACAUUAAGGUCAUUCCCUUAGCUUCUUGCAGUCCAGUGGAUCGCUUCACUUUGCAUUCACAUUGCUCAUUUAUAAGGACAAGGACCUUGAGCGAAGCAGAGUAGGCACUGAUGCUUUUCUUUUCAUUGUUCCCUAGACUGAGUUGUUCUGUUUGCUGAGCUACCCCACAUUAAAGAACCCUUGGAUGAUGUAGUGCACAAAACUGCAUUCCUUGAAAGGGCAUUGUCAUAGAGCCAUAGAAUAAUGAUCUCUGAGAUCUGACAGCCGCCAGUUCUCAUUUUUCAAAUGAAAAAGUAAGUUCAGAGAUAUUGUCACCCAAAGUCAACACAGUUAGUGACAGAGUGAGGACCGGGAUCCUGGGCUGCAAGAAAGAGAAAUAUUUAAAUUGUGCAUUUGAUUGAAACACCUAUGUGUAUUGAAAUAUGCUGCACAUACUGAAACUAAAACUCUAACAGCAAGUAGUAAAUUUUGUUCUAAUUACCUAAACAUUAUUUUAUUGGAACAUUUUGUGACUGCUCUGAAGCUAGAGGACUCUUUAACCUAUUUAUUCUCUGUUUUCUCCAUGAAAAUCUGCCUCAGUGUUUUAAGCAGUCUCUAGUUUCUUUUCUCUUCCAUUUUAUUGCAUCACAAGAGUGAGUUAUUGGAGAGUGGUUAUGAUGGUAUAUGAUUAGGGAUCUAUACUACUUGUGCUAAUAAGUCCAGUUACAUAACAAAUUAAGUUCUGCAGACAUGUAUUAACCACCUCUUAUAGACAAGGCACUGUACUAGGUCCUGGGGCUACAUAAGGACUCAAAUCCCUGCCCUCAAAGGAGUAGUUUUGUAAAGUUAUAGUUUUUUAUAGAGUGCAAAUUAAAAGAAUCUAGGAAGGAAAAAUAGAUAUUCCUAUAGUAAUGAGAAAGCUUAUGUAUUCAGGAAGGCAUGUAAAUUCAGACAGCAGUGAGAGCAGAUGUAUGGCUAUAUGAAAGUCUACAAAUUUAAUUUAGUAUUUCAGUUCUGUACAACUUUCCCCUCCCAAAUAUUCAGCUCGUCUUUAUUUUACUUUAGCCUUUGUUCUUCGUUUGUCCCAUCUGUGCCAAGUAUUGUCCUCAGAAGAUCCUCAGAUAUGCAUUAGAGCCCAGCCUGAUCGCCCUUGGAUCCCUCUUUUGAGGGAUCCUGUGACCAGGAUCUGUUUUUGAUGGUUUUCUUCCCCUCGCUGCUAUGAAUACCAGUCAUACCGUAGGCCUGGGGUGGUGGAACUGAAGCAGUAACCCAGGCUCUUCAUGGAAUCUGGAGAGGGAAGGAAAGCCCAUAUUUAUGCAGACCUCCUCCCCUCUCCAUCUUCUCUUGCUUUGAGGCAUGUGCUCAGAGGCUUAUAGAUCGAAAGCUGGAAUAAACAGUAGUCUGUCUAUUCCAAGCCUAUAGUUUUACAGACUGUACUUGACUCUGCUCUUGGUUUUACUCUGCCAUCUUGGCUCUGCCUCCUCUACCCUUGCUUUUGAAAAGAUUUUGAAACUACUUGUCAGUAACCUAUUUGCCUAGGUCCCUUUUAUUGACCUUUCACUCAUUUCUUUUGUGAACACUUUGAGUCAUCCUUUAAGUGGCUGUAUCUGUAUACACACGUGUAUGUGUUUUGUAAAAACAAAUGGGUUAAAAGGACUUGGAAAAGUUAGUGAAUUUCCAAGUUUUGUCUGAAGAGAGUUCUUGACUAUAUUAACUUCAUACUCUACUUAGUAUACUUAAAAACUAUAUACAAAUAUUUAAGUCUUAUUCUGUCUUUAAUACUUUAAUAAGUUUCAGAAGGUGAAGUGUAUCUAUUGGUAUUGCCAUUUCUUAGUAAAGUAUUUAAAGAUUUUUGUAGGUUUCCAUAAGUUAAAAGAACACUAGAAGUUAUUCACCCCCAACUCAAACCCAUAUUUCUAUAAUAUGAAAUUAGCUUUUGACCCCAUGGCCACUCUCACAACAGUAUAUUAAUAAGAUUUUGUUUUGGGGGUGUGUGUGUGUGUGUGUGUGUGUGUAUAUAUGCCCAUUCCUUUACAUUUGUACAAGACUUGUUUGAGUUAUGAUAUUGUUUGGUUGGUUGGUUUUUUGAAGGAAAUACUCUGAGUUUGUCAUUGUAAUUUUUACCACUUUGCCUUGCAUCAUUAUUUUGGUCACUCCUGAGUACUGCAGUGUUGGCUUCUCAGUGGAGAGUCAUUUGUAUGAAGCUAGUGCACCUUAGUUCAUGAACUUCAAGAGCAUUGUUGGUUGUUAUUCACUGACUUUUUUUCUUCUGAUGAGCUCUGUGCACCCUAUGGAAGCAGAAAUUUUGGAUACUGUGAAUUUUUUUUCCAUUUAGUUUGUUACCUUUUCAAAUUGUGCAGACCGUCUUGCAAUAUUGAGAGCUGUUUAUAUAAAUGAAAACCCAGACUACUAAAUAUAUCAAAAGAAGAAGAAUAAUUUUGAACUGUACCUGAAGAAUUGUAGAACAGGAACUAGUGAUGUGGACUCUUUGCACCUUCUGCCUAGAAAUAUCCAUAUUGCCAAAAGGGGAACACAAAUGUCUUCUCAUUUCACUGCCACUGGAGAUGCUACUAGCACAUGCUACUAGAAUUGUCUAGAAGUACCUUUGAUUGGAGAUAUACAUGAUGCAGGUCAAAGAAUGAAGGAAAGCAAGAUGGUUCAUCUGGAGAACCCAGGAGGAGGAGGUGGUAGCCAUGUUAUUGUGGCCUCAUUUUUCAUGAGCACUGAUAUACUUCCUUUCAUAUGCUUCCUGUUUGUUGUAGUCAUUGCUGUGCUACUUCUUGUGGUAGAGCAUCCGGAAAGCAUCCUGUUAAUAAGAUAUUCUGAUGAUCUGAGAAGAGCAUUAUUGAGAAUGCUCCUCCACCCCUGGGCACAUUAAGGUCUUGCUUGUGUAUCUAAAUGUAGAGGCAGGUUUCCUCUACCCUCUAGUAAGAGGCUUUUUGAGGGAUUGUAAAAUGUCAUACAGUGAAAUAAUUUUUGAAAGGCAUGUUGAUGUAUAUUUCAGAGUUAUCUGAAGUCCAGAGUACUGUCUCUGUUGCUCCUUAUGCUUUGCCCUGUAAUUUAUUUCUUCUUGGGUGCCUAGUGCCAUCAUUACCCUGUUCUGGAUUGGCUAUGCUGUGCAAGUACAACAUUUCCACUAAGAGCAAUUAUUUAAUUCUUUGUGUCAACCCUUUCUGGGAAAUGAGCACUACUGGUGUUAGAUCAGAACCCCCUGCUCAGUCCUUUAAGAUGUGUUUUUUCAUGUUUGAUUUUUGCUGAAUCUGAGGCCAUUGAAUUGUAGGGCAGUGUUUCUGUUCUUGAAAUCAGUAUGUACAAGUCCCCUUUCCACACCCACAACUAGUUUAUGUCUGUUUAGUACUCAGCAAUUAGUUUUGGCAUAUAACUGCUGAAACCCAGGGGGUAAAUAUG